AUGGUCUGUAGACCGGACAUCGACUGCACCCUUCCAGAAAACAGAUGGCGGUACAUAGAAGAGUUUACCUGUCUGGCAGAGAAGUCGAAACUACAGAAGGAGAUGAGACUGUCAUUCCCCAGUGGACAUUCUUCCUUCUCUGCGUAUACUAUGCUUUACUUCUCCAUGUACCUCCAAAAGCGCUUCACCUGGCGCGGUUCAAAACUACUCCGACAUGGAAUCCAAUUCGUCCUCAUGCUGUUAUCUUGGUACACUGUCAUGACCAGGAUUUCGGAUUACAAGCACCACUGGAGUGAUGUCCUCGCUGGCUUCGGUAUUGGACUACUCUUUGCUGUUGUCAUUUUCGCAUUCGUCUCAAACCUUCGUAAGGGCUCUCGCUCCCGCAGCUACAACCACGAGGCCGAACCCCGAGCGACCAACGGCAACACUCGAGUGCAAGUUUGA